AUCAACUGGACGGGGUUCACACACAAGACACGCGCCGACCCACCCACACCACCCACGGCAACCCAACGCAACCCACUGACCCACGCAAGAGCCAUGGGUAUGGCCGGGCACGCGUUUCUACUCCUCCUCUGUGCCCUGGCCGCUGUCGUGAGCGCGGAUGAGCAGAGCUCUGGGCACUACCUGGUGUUCGUGCCGUCCGAGCUGCACGCGCUCUCAUCGGAGCGGCUCUGCGUCUCGCUGCUGGGCGUGACCGGGGAGGUGACGUUUCGGGCGACGCUCCACUACAAGGACUCGCGUGACACGAGCCACGUGGCACAGAACCACACCGUGGUGGGAGAGGUGGAUGCGGGGGUGCUCCUCCAGCCCAGCGGCGGUGACCUCCACCACUGCUUCUCCUUCACGGUCCCCGACGUCCAGGGGACGACGUACGCCAACCUCGUGGUGCGAGCGGCCGGCGAGGGGCUCAACUUCACCAAGACGCACGCGGUGGUGGUGCGGAAGGCCAAGGACGUCGUCUUCGUGCAGACGGACAAGCCCGUCUACAAGCCCGGCCAGAGCGUUAAAUUCAGAGUGGUCACCUUGGAUGAGAAUUUUGCAACCGUCUUGAAAACGUACGCUCUCAUAUAUAUCGAGGACCCGCAGAGAAACCGCAUCGCGCAGUGGAGGAACGCGAGCGGCCGGGCGGGCAUCGUGCAGCUCGAGCUGGACAUGCCCUCCGAGCCGCCACUGGGCACCUACAACGUGAUGGUGGUGGAGCAGAGCGGCGGAGACUCCGUCGCCUCGCACACCUUCACCGUGGAGGAGUACGUGCUCCCAACUUUCGAGGUCUCCAUUCAGACGCCAUCCUACCUGAACUAUCUGGAUAAGAGUGUCACUCUGAAAGUUUGUGGCAGGUACACGUAUGGGAAGCCAGUGCACGGUGCUGUGAAUGCAAGCGUGUGCAUUCAGGGCCAGCCCAGGUUCUGGUGGCGGGAAGAAUGCAUCAUUCCAGUCUGCAACGAGUUCUUCAUGAAAGUGGGGAAGGACGGAUGCGCGGAGUGGCAAGUGGACAACGCCAAGCCAAGCAACGCCUCCUGUCACACGACGCACGUUCUGAAAGUCGUGGCUGUGCUGGAGGAGGAGGGAACAGGAAUGAAAAUGAAACAGAAGGCAGAGAAGAACUUUGAGACGGACAUAACCCGGAUCUCGUUCGUCGACAUGCCCUCGUGGUACCGACACGGGCUUCCAAUUGUGGGAAAGGUGAAGGUGGAGAGGCCUGAUGGCAGUCCGGUCCCACACAAACUCGUCAGCCUGAUCGUGAAGCAAGGCAACGCCGCUCCUCCCGGAAGCCAGCACCACACCGGGGCAGAUGGAACGUUCACUUUCACCAUAGACACGGGCGACUUCAAUAGGUCCGACACGAUCUUCCUGGAGGCCACAGACCCCGAGUUCAACUCGACCGCCCAUCCGAGUGUGACCUACCAGCAGGGUUACAGCACCAUCAGCGCGUUCUUCUCGCCCAGCGACAGCUUCCUCCAGCUGGACCGCGUCGCUCACACGCUCGAGUGCGGCUCCUCCGUCUCUCUGCGCCUGCUUCUGGUGCUGAAAGAGAACAGGAGCAGCGCCGGUGACGGCCACGCGGGAGGAGUUGUGCGGCCCGUUAUCAAUGUUCUGGUCAUGUCAAGAGGAAAUAUCCUGCACACGGAGUCCUUCACCAUGGACAACGUGUACCUGGGCAAAGCGCAUUCCCAUCACUUUCAGCUCAAGGUUAAACACAGCUUCGCACCGACGGCCCGACUCCUCGCAUGGAUGGUCUUCAACAACGAGACGGUGGCUGACACGCUUGCCCUGCCCGUGCACAAGUGCUUCCCCAACAAGGUGUCUGUGGGAUUUGAGCACGAGCAGGAACUUCCGGGAGCCAUGUCCACUCUGUCGAUCCGUGCGUCUCCCGGUUCUCUGUGCGCGCUGCGCGUCGUCGACAAGAGCGUCCUCCUCCUCAAGCCCGAAGCUCAGCUGUCGGCCGAGUCGAUUUUCCAAAGGCUUCAGGUGCAGGACCUCACUUACUACGACUACGGAAUCGAGCGGUGGGACUGCAGCCCGGAACACUAUCGACGGCGCAAACGAUCGUACGGUGUAUGGAUGGAUGAUUUCCAAAAUAGCGUGCAUCGGCUGUUCAAGGGCAUGGGCCUGGUGGUUCUGACCGACACAACCGUGAAGAGGUCGGUGGAUUGCCAUCAGCUGAUGCACCAUCGACAUCGCAUCGCCUAUUCCAUGGAAACUGUCGCAAGCCCAGGUCUGAGGUUCAGUGAUCGUGGAAAUAUUAGUCCCGUGGGGCAAGGCGGAGCGAUGUUCAAGACUGUGAAGGAGACCGUUAGAGAAUAUUUCCCGGAAACGUGGAUCUGGGAUCUCUACCCAGUCAGUGAGUCUGGCUUGGAGCAGGUGGCGGUAAAGGUGCCAGACUCCAUCACCGAGUGGAAGGCCUCGGCAUUCUGCUCGUCGCCGGCGGGCUUCGGCCUCUCCGAGGUCUCCUCGCUCCGAGUCUUCACCCCGUUCUUCGUCGAACCCGUGCUGCCCUACUCCGUGGUGCGCGGCGAGACCUUCCCGCUCGCCAUCAGCGUCCACAACUACUUGCACAGCUGCCUCAAGAUCGAGGUGACGCUGCUGGACUCGGAGCACUUUGCGGUGGCCGCGGGAGGCCCCCGUGGCGCCGCGAGCUGCGUGUGCCCCGACAGGAAGGGCCUCUUCAGCUUCCUCAUCGAGCCGCUCGCCCUGGGCACGGUGAACGUGAGCGUGAGGGCGGCGGCGGUGCACAGCGAUGAGCCCUGCGGGAACGAGGUGGUGGUGGUGCCGGAAGAGGGGGCCGUGGACACGGUGGUGCGGAGCGUCAUCGUCGAGCCGGAGGGGAUUCCAAAGGAGCUUGCAUACAGCUCUCUCCUGUGCCCCAAAUCGCCAGCGUCCGAGCGCUUCGUCUUCAACCUGCCCCUGCCGGCCAACGUGAUCGUGGGCUCUGCCCGGGCGUACGCCACUAUCGCCGGGGACAUCAUGGGCUCUGCUCUCCAGAACCUGGACAAACUCCUCACCCUGCCGACGGGAUGCGGGGAGCAGAACAUGGUCAAGUUCGCGCCCAACAUUUACAUCCAGGAGUACCUGCAGAACUCCGGGCAGCUGACGGACGCGGUCCGAGACAAGGCGCUCAACUUUCUACGAGUUGGGUACCAACGGCAGCUGACCUACAAACGGGACGACCAUUCCUACAGCGCGUUCGGAAAGAGCGACGAUGAUGGAAACACAUGGCUCACGGCGUUUGUGCUCAAGUCCUUCGUGAGAGCCUCCAAGCACAUCGCCGUAUCCGAGGACCACAUCACCGGGCCGUUUUCCUGGCUCGUAGAGCACCAAAACGCCUCCACCGGCUGCUUCAUCAGCGUCGGACGGCUCUUCAACAACGCCAUGAAGGGAGGCGUGUCGGACGAUGUCUCGCUCACGGCCUACGUCACCGCCGCUCUCCUCGAGUCCAACAUCUCCGGCCCCGUCGUGGAGCGAGCUCUGGGCUGUCUCCGUCCCCUCGUGCUCGAGUCCAGCAACCCGCACCUGCUGGCGCUCGCCUCCUACGCCUUCAGCCUGUCCGCAGACGGCGCCACGGCACAGGCGCUGCGAGACGCCCUGCAGUCGCGCGCCGUCACCAAGGGCGGACUCACGCACUGGCAAGAGGCCAAUAAGAAAGACGACAAGGACGAGGAGGACGAGGAGGGGGGCUUCAAUUUCCGACGGUCCUACGGCGGGACCACGUCGGCCGCCGUGGAAACGACGGCGUACGCGCUGCUGAGCCGCCUGGCGGUGCCCGGGCAACUCGCCGCCUCGGCGACGAGCUCCAACAUCGGCGUCGUGCAGUGGCUGAGCAAGCAGCGGAAUGCCUACGGGGGGUUCUCGUCCACGCAGGACACAGUAGUUGGCCUGCAAGCCCUGUCAGCCUUUGCCGCCCUGAUGCAUGGUGGUGGUGGUGGCGGUGGCGGUAGUGGCGGUAUCAAGGCGGUCGUGCUGGACUCAGCUCACACUUUGCUCCGGGAGGUCUCCAUCGACUCCACCAACGCCCUCAUCCUGCACCAGGUGCAGCUGCCUCCUCCUGUUCCUGCUCCCAUGGUGUCCUCCUGCACCGUGGAGGCCACGGGCCAGGGCUGCGUGCUCUUCCAGGUCUCCCUCAAGUACAACGAACCCCCCAAAUCUUCGAAACCCAAGUUCAUUCUCUCCGUGGAGACCAACCCGGCAAAUUGCUCCAAGGCAGCACGCAAGGGCUUCCAAAUCAACGUGGAAGUCAGCUACCACGGCGAGCGAGGCGAGUCGAACAUGGCCCUCGUGGAGGUGAAGAUGAUCUCCGGGUACAGCGCGGUGAAGUCUUCUCUUAAAGAGCUGCAGACCUUCUACGACUUCGUGAAGAAGGUCGAGGUGGAUGCAAGCCGCGUGGUCAUUUACCUGGACAAGGUCGACAAGAAGCCAAUUGCGAUCAAGCUGUCCGUCACUCAAGACAUUGCCGUGGAUAACCUGCAACCUGCCACCGUCAGAGUCUACGAUUACUACGCCACAGAGGAUGCAGCCACGUCCAUGUACAGCGCCCCGUGCACUCAUAGCCAGUGAGACAGCAGCGGUCGCUUGGCAACCAGAGCACAGGAAGCAUCAGCACGCGGUCAGCCUUCUCAACGCUGCCACCGCUCUGCGGUUUCUUCCCAUCAUUGCCUCUGAACGUCGCUUGUGUAUCAAACGUCGCUUGUGUAUCGAUGUGGCAAGACGUGCAGCUACCCAAUAAAAAACCCCUUUCGAGG